UUUUGUGUCCUGUCACUUGAAGUUGCUUGAAGUGGUCCAAGUCUUUACCAGCUUUUAUGUGGAUAAUUUAUAAUUUUAAACUGAUUCAUUAAACAUAUUUGGAAAUGGCUGGAAGACCAGGUCCCCCGAGACGCAUUCCUGAGAAUGAUAAUACCAUAGCCUACGUUCAAGCCGACGGUUUGGCUGUAAUGAAGAUUGUUAAACACUGCCAUGAAGAAUCAACCACCAACAUGGACGUAGCACAAGGUGCACUACUUGGCUUGGUUGUUGAUAACCGUCUUGAAAUCACAAAUUGCUUCCCUUUUCCUAAGCAAACAGAUGAAACAAUGGACGAAGAUGAAUACCAGUUAGCAAUGAUGAGAAGGCUACGUAGAGUGAAUGUUGAUCACUUUCAUGUUGGAUGGUAUCAAAGCGCUGAUGUCGGCAACUUCCUCAGUCUUCCAAUGCUGGAAUCCCAGUUCCACUAUCAGACUUCAAUAGAAGAAUCUGUAGUAGUAAUUUAUGACACUCAGAAAUCAUCUAGGGGAUUCUUGUCUUUUAAAGCAUAUCGUCUUACUCCUCAAGCUAUUGAAAUGUAUAAAGAGGGAGAGUUCACGCCAGAGGCAUUGCUGAAGAUGAAAGUAGGGUUUGAAAAUCUGUUCACAGAGGUGCCCUUUUUAAUAAAGAACUCGCCUUUGUGCAAUAUUAUGAUGUCUGAGGUAGCAGAAAUGGUUCCAGAAGAGGAUGGUGCUAAAUUUUUGGAUUUGGGCACUGCAUCUGUGCUUGAAAAUCAUUUGAGGUGUCUCAUGGAUCGUGUCGAUGAACUCAAUCAAGAAGCUAUUAAAUUUAAUAGAUACCAGCAGCUGGUCAAUCGCCAACAGCAGGACAAGCACCGUUAUCUCCAAAAGCGAGCCCAAGAAAAUGAAGCAAGGUCAGCUAAAGGCGAACCACCAUUGCCUGAAGAAGAUAUUAACAAAUUGUUCAAACCACAUCCAGUUCCACCAAGGUUGAACCCAAUGAUUAUUGCUGGACAGGUCAACUCUUACAGUCAGGCAAUCUCACAGUUCUGCUCUCAGUCAUUGGCUAAGCUGUAUAUCACACAGGCAUUGCAGAACGCUAAGGAACCAGGUGCAGGUCAUUGAGGCAUACAUUGUAUGUUAUAGGUUCAGCUUUUUUAUAAGUAUAAUGUUCAAUAAACAUACAUUUCUGAAUAUGCAACUCAAAAGACUUGUAAGAUUGCCGAGUGAUCCUUUCAGUGUCAGCUUUCAGGAUAAUAAAAACCUUAAAACAAAUUAAGUUGUAAAAAGAUUGCUUUUUUAACUGGGUUUGCAGACAAAUAAAUUCUGUUGUGUCAAUGAUUCUGGAAGACAGGUUAGUUAAACCAUUAUUCUAUUCAUUGAUUUCACCAUAAUAAUAGCCCAGCUCUUCCAAAUUCGAGCCUCACCAUUGUGAAACAGUAAGAGAUAGGAAGUCGUAAAACGGGGGCAAAGUUGCUGAAAAUGACAAUAAGAAAGUUUCGUAAUUCAGAGUACUUCCGAAAAGAGACGAAAAAAAAACGGAUUUUUCCAAAAUGGUUUUAAUUUCUACCUGGCUGUGUUAACACACUUUUAUAAGCUUGGCCUGUAAGAAUGUAUGUACCGUAAACUUUAAGUAAAAUUUUCACUAAUUUCUAUAAGUUUGAAUAAUUUGAAACUUCGCACACGUAUCAAGGACCAUGACAAUGCAAUCAUUUGAUAACAGUUUUCCAUUAUCCUAAUUAGGAACGCCAGGAUGGAUAAAUUCUUUUAUAGACCCUCUCUAGGGGAGUAAGAGAGAUAGAGCUAGCGCGCGAUAUGCGCAUACGUGCAGUUUCGGAUUUACUCUUUGUUGGUUUAGGCUCUCAGCACAGCACCUUGUUCAUUUCAAAUGUUGUCAUUAUUCCUGAGAUGGGUCUCGACCGUCCACAAGAUGCGAGGUUGUACAGUCGAUCAUGCAAUCAUUUAUUUAGGCUCGCGACUGUUUGCUGCUGGACAAGCUUAUGUAGCACUUAAUCGUGAAAGAAUUUUUAGACAGGAAUUCCGAUUGAAGAAUUUGGUUGCUCUAAGUUAACAGGAAAAACCUCAUGCAACAGAGAAGCUUUAAAUGAAAUGAUUCGUAAGACAUUUAAAUACCACAUGUCCACAAAAAACUAAUUGAUAAAUCGAACUGAAAAAUAAAUGAUUAUUUAAAAAACAAAAAGAAAAAACGCUUUUAUAGCUAACCGAACUAGAAAAUAAUUUUUAAUUACAAAGAGUUUAUAUUACAGUAGUAGAUGGUCGCACAAUCAAUCAUAAUUGAAGACCUUGAUGCAAGAAGUGGAUAAGUAACAAUAUGUUAAUUUUCCAGGGGAAGCAAAAAAGUUUUUAUUUCUAAAUUUUAAAGCUAUGUCGAUCAUGAAGUUUGGCUAAACUAGUACAACAGCCAUAAAUGAUUUUAUCAUCAUUAUCUAGCCAAAUAACAAUGCUAUUAAGAAAAAUGAAAUAUUGGUGCAAUAAAGGGAUAAGUGAAAGACUUUUCAUUAUCUAAUUUAAAGCAGGUGGAAAAAGGGGAUAAGUUACAUUAAAACCAUUUUCAGCAAAAAAAACUUUAUUAAAUACUAACCAACAAUGCAAGUUAAUAUAAACAAAGCAGUCCUGAUUUUAACAGAAGAUAAAAUGUUUCUUAUGAAUAUAGGUAUAUUAUAUUAUCCUACUAAGUAUAGAAAUUAGCAAAAAUAUGUGUUGAAGAAUUAAAAAUAGCAAGAUUAAGUAAUUAAUCAGACUCAAAGUCAACAGAGCAAUCUGUGUCCGUGACAUCGAAAUCAACUUAUACAUUUCGUUUUUCCCGACAUAUUCCUGAGCUAGCAACAUCACAUUUUCAUAUUUCGCAUGCUUAAUAGGUAAGGCAUUAUCGUAAUAUUUUGACAUUAAAGCUAAAUUUGGUUUGGAGUUUUUUUUAAGCAUCAUAAAAUGUAUAAAAAAAGGGAUACUAGCAGACUGACUAACUUCGCACCAUCUGAAUUUUUUGUGUAUUUAAAUACGCGAUAUGUAGAAAUGGAAAACUUUUCUUUAGAGACAGCUUUUGGCACUGGAAGAAAAUAAUCUUUCAAGCCUGCCGCAUAGUUAUACAUUAUCUCCUGAGUCACAGGAAUAACAAAAAAGUUUUUGAUGAUGAUUUAACUAUAUUCAUAUACUCAUGUAAGAAAACCGUAUCAAUACAUUUCUUCUAUUUUCAAUUAUUCCAAAGUAACGAUCGCAGGGAAGAAAACUGUGCCCAACCUCAGGAAAACGAUGAAUUAUUGUAUCAAAUUUUCCUUCCUGACACAUUGCAACUAAAAACCUAACCAAAGUAUUAUUUUUAUUUUGCGCACAACAGUUAUCGCUGAUUAAAUAUAAGAUUUUCACAUUGGGAUUUAAAACUUUUUCAAAAUAGUAAUUUAGAAAACUUAACACGUCAUUUGAUCCUUUUUUAGCUAUACUUUCAUCAUACAUAAAGAAAUGUCCUGUCUUAUUUUUUGCAGAGUGUAUGCAGAAAUUAUGUACCCAUAACUGCCGUAAAUAAAAUGCAUCUCCUGAAGGCACCUUAGGAAUGGGCAUGUUUUGUUGGAAAUCGAAGCACAAAACUUCAAUUUCAUCAUUUUCUUGCGCUUCUUUGGAUUUUUCCUUUAGCUCUUUAUAGAACCAUUCAGACUUCUGGAGAUGUAUUUUUCUCUGGAACGCAAAUGCCAUCUUUUCUUCUUCUGAAUCGGCACUUUGUAUCCGAUUGUUUAAUAUGUCGCAUUUUUUGCAAGUGUCCUUACCUGCUGUACCAAAACUAAUAUUAAAGUUCUCACGUAUGAUAUUUUUGGUUUGUAUGGAACACCGUCUUGUUUUAAUUUAUGAACAUCUGGUUCAUACUUUUUCAGAUAUAAAUCAUACAUAAUGGAAAUAUUUAAAUCGCUGGACAAAUAAUAUUUAUCGUUUUUUUACGAGUAUAAUGGGAAAUACGUUUGGAAAGCUGUUGGGCCUACUUGAAUGACGAACCCUUUUAUCCUGAACAGGUGUAAUGUUUGUAGAUAGGUGGGUUGCGAUCGGCUCCAGACGUUUUUUCCCUAUACCAUGAAGAAGACAUAUAGCCAUUUUGCAAACAUUUAGCUCAAAUGCGCCUUUUCGUAACUGAAAAGAAAAUUGCUAAUAAAAUUUCUAAAAUAUUCACCGCAAAACCAUUAGAACAUUUUUAAACUUAUGUGGAUAAACGUACUACAAUUAAUGAUGUUAAAAAGUAUUACCUUGUACUUAUAGGUGUGAUUCCUUAGUAUCCCUGGAUUUCCUUCAAUUUUGCGGCGUCGAGUAAUCUGCAAAACUUGUAUCAAACUUGACAAAUAAGAGUCUUGUUUUUCUUGAUUUGAAAGAGUGUUAAAAGCCGAUAUUAUUUCUUGCUUUUCAGUUUCUGAAAGUUUUUCUAUGCAUUUCUUGCUACAUUUGCAAUCAUCGCCUUGUUUUCGUUCUGGUACCAGCUUUCCCGUUGACGUAGACUUAUAAGCUUCACCUUUAGCCCUUUUCAUUUUCUGCACAUUCCUUUUCCAGCUGUCCGGUUUUCUUAUUUUCUUUCGUCCACGUUUGUUAUUAGCGGGCUCAUUAUCGGCGGGUUUUUGCCCUUCAUCCAAAUUAUUUUCAGACGCACUAGAAUUUGAAGGCAAAUAAAUACUCACUGCCUGAACUUUGAAAAGGUUCAUCCUCACUGUCUGAACUCAUAUUAAUAUCUUACGUUCUUUCAAAUAGUCAACAAUGUUUCAAUAUUUUCUACACCGCACGUACCACACUAGCGUAUUAUCGCUGUCCAAUGGUCUUUCGGUGACUACGUGACUCGGAUCAUGUGCACAUACACCUUACCCGAUUGCGUAAGCAAAAUGGUCGGUGCAGGAGGGGGAUAGAGAUACCAACAUAUAAGAAAUUAUUCAAAGUUUGGUGCAAGGACGGGAUAAGUUACACAUAUCUUAUACCGUUCUUGCACCAGACCAUACCAGGGGAUAUGUAGUUUGCUAUCAUAAUUCAAAAAAAAGCAAUUUUUUAAACCUAAAUAAGCACCUAUCUCGCUUUUGCAGAAUUAUGCACUUAUCCCCUUCUUGCACCAGGGUCGUCAAUUAAUGACCUCAAAAUAAAAUUAUAAUAAAAUUUAAGUUAUUAACAGAAUAAUUAAAUUUAGAGUAAUAAGCGUGGGAUGCAUUUUACUACAUUUAAUUGCCAAUAGAAUGAUUGUAACAUUUAAUAUAUCAAGUACCAAACACUUUUUACUCUGAAUUGAAUUAUUCUGCUAGUAACUUAAAUUUUAUUAUAAUUUUAUUUUGAGGUCAUUAAUGAUUGAUUGUUCGACCAUCUAUGUAAUAUAAACUCUUUGUAAUUAAAAAUUAUUUUCUACUUUUUAGUUCGGUUAGGUAUAAAAGCGUGUUUUUUAAACUAUUAUUUAUUUGUAGUGGAAUUGCAUAAUUAUA